AUGCAUGGAAAAAAUAUAUUGCCACUAAUGCUGACUUUGUCCCUAGAAGCAGAACAUGGCUAUGCAUCAGUGUUACCCUUCGAUAGUGACUAUUCCAGAAAGAAAACAAAGGCAGGCACCAUGGCCAGAAAAUCCCAGAAUAACAGGUCAUCACACAACGAACUAGAAAAACAUAGGCGGGCUAAACUCCGGCUAUAUUUGGAACAGCUAAAACAGCUUGUGCCUCUCGGGCCGGACAGCACCAGACACACCACUCUAAGUCUGUUGAAAAGAGCUAAGAUGCAUAUCAAGAAAUUGGAAGAACAGGACCGAAAAGCUCUAAAUAUUAAAGAACAAUUACAGCGGGAACACCGCUACCUCAAACGCCGAUUGGAGCAGCUAUCCGUGCAGGGCAUGGAGCGUAUCCGCACUGACAGUAUGGGAUCAACAAUAUCCACUGACUCUGAACAAGAAGUAGACAUUGAAGGAAUGGAGUUUACUCCAGGUGAAAUGGACAGUAUUGGAAGUGCCAGUGAUGCUGAAGACCACUACAGUUUGCAAAGCGGUUCGAGUGACGGAGGUUACACACAUUCCCGCAGACUGAAUGCCAGGCUCUCAUAGUGCCUGAGUUACCCGUUCAACUCAGGACCAUCUGACUGAAGCACUUAUAUAUGAAUAUUCCAGAGGUGUCAACUGCCACUCUUCCGGGAAACCCCAACCACAGUACUCUGACAUGGAGGUUUCUUACCCACGGUUCCCUGCACUGUAACCACAAUAUUAGAUAUUGUAAAUCAUGGGUUUGCUGCAGAGAACUGUGGUUAGGUACAGUUGUGACUUAAAGCUAGUUUGAUGUAGCCAUACUGCAAAUUAAAGAAAAUAAAUUAUGUCAUUCCAUUCAAGAAGUAUUAAAUUCAAGCUGUUGGAAGCAUGGUGUAAGGGGGUUUAACAGUUAUUUUGAUUUUGCAGAAACCAUUUUCAAACAUGGAAGAAUAAAUGGACUCUACAAUGUGUUAGUGAUUCGGAGAUACAAAAACCUAAAACUACUUUCUGUGGUAUCUUUUCAUUAAAAAGCACCCCAAAACGUUUUGAGCACUGUAUAGCAGGCUCUAUAGAAUAAAUUCUUUCAGCAGUUGUUGUUUGGGUGAAGCAGGCAGUUAAAUCUUCAAAUCUCAGAUGAUUUUUAGAAAAGGUCAAAUUUACAAGUCACUACUGUACUUCAAAACGGGGGAAAAGCCAGCUCUAAUAAUGACUUCAUGUGGGAUGAUCUCAACUUUCUUUUGCUUUUUUGUAUUCAGUAUCCAACCAGCAGCAAAUCAUUCUCUCCAUGUUAACAGGAGUAGUAGAAAGCAACACUGCAAUUUUAACCUGUUACCAUGGAAUGGAUGACAUUUGAAACAUUUCAGUGGGUUUCUGGGUUGUUUUUUUCAUUUCUUUGUCUGAAGAAUACAGCACUCAAGCGAUCCAGUUUGUGAUAGUUAAUCUUUCCUUGCAAAGAAAUGAAAUCUCUGUUUGCUUGUAUUUUUUUUCUUUUCUUCUAUUUACACAUGUCAAUACAUUUUUAUGGAAGGCAUGGCUUAAAAUUACAGUAUUCAGCUAGAAGAUAAUUAAUCUUUUUUUCUUUUGCACACUAUAAUUGCAUUUUCUAUUCUUUAAAAAGUGCAAAAAAAUUAAAAUGUAUGCUGUAAAACAGCAAAGUUUAUUUAGUACUCAUCAAGCUGUUCAGAACAUAUUUACCCAAAUUGUAGCAAUACUAUGAAGAUGUAUUUUAAUACAACUUCUGCUUAGUGAAGUCAUUAGAGCUUGGCUUGCCGGGUAAGAAAAAAAUGGACCAGUCUUUGCAUUAUCUGUUUAAAGAAGGUCUUUUAAAAAAAAAAAAAAAAGAAGGAAAAAAAAAAAAAGAAAAAAAUAAAAAAAAAUAAAAAA